AGAGGAGAUUCCUUUGGCAUGGGAGCAUAGGAACUUACUUCCUCCAACAAUACCAUAGCCUGCCGAAGCAGUCACUGCUUACGUGAAGUCCCCGUAAGUCCCGCCGCCAUGGGAUCACGACGAGUACAAGGUCCGACCUUGGCAUGCAACCAAGAUGACGUCAUCCCUCGCCUCGACCGCAGCCAAAGCUACCACAACACCAGGCCCGCAGAUCGCGGCGCAAAUAACAGUCAUCCCCGCCAUUCCCGCACCCAGAGCAUGAGCGGCUGGAACAGCCGCGGCGAGCAAGCCACGUCAGCAGCAAUAUCUGUUCCUGAAAUGCCGGAAACCCCGCCCCAACUCUGCCUGCCUCCCAGCGUGACUGAGAGGAAGCUGGCUUUGCGGCGCGGGAUAAGCGGGGAAAAGGCGGGAGAGCCGUCGGGUAAAGGUGGGAAUCGCGUCAGCCGUGAUGGAUACAGCACACGUGGCAGUUCGCGACAGGCCCUGCCGCCUGGGACGGUGGAGGCCCAGGCUGCUUCGACCCAGCCUUCUGCUCGUCGGAUUCCCGUCGACCGUUACUCGCAUCCCGUCAUCGUCGUCUUGACGGACGGAACUGCGCGACUGUACGACAACGUCGCAGGCAGCCUGCUCGUCGCAAACGUCUUGCGCGACUUCCCGCGACACCACCUCGCGCUUUCCACCUUCGCGCCGAUUCCGCUUCCCUCUACCCGCCCGCUGCGACGCGGAGUCACGUACCACUUAAUCGACGCACCGCGUAAGGCGGACGACGGCGGCGCGUCGGCUGUAAAUGAGCGAAACGCAAGACUUUUCAAGGGGUUUAUCAGGAGCAGUAGUGCUCCCAGUGAUAGAACAUGUGCUACUGGUGAUAAUCCACGGAGCAGUGGCGAUUAUGCUACAAGCAUCAGCAGAGCUGCUACUACUAGUAGUGCUGUUACCGUUGGCAGCGCGCCGAUUUCAGGCCGAAGCGGCGCGGAGGUGCCGCCUCGCCCGGCGCGGCCGCGCAGUUACGACGCCAUUCCGAUUGCUCCAGUGAUUUUGGAGUCGACUCAAAAGGCACGGCGGCGCAGUUUCGACACCAUUCCGAUCGCUCCGGUGAUUUUGGAUUUUGGGCAGAGUCAGGAGGACGAGACUCCGGAUCUUCGUCGGACUUCAACCGUGCGAAAUGGCUCGCGAACUUCGCAUUCUCCUUCGGAAGACGAGCUGAGCGUUGAGCGAACGAAGGGGAAAGACAACAGCAACGCGCGCUCGACUUUUUCGCGUUUCGCCACUCUGAACUCUCGGCCGGAGCCACCAGCGGAGAGAUUCGCGCAGAAGAUGGUGCGAGCGCGCACCUACUCGGGCUCGAACAGGCGUAGUCGACGAACUGCAUCUGAAAUCCCUAAUAUGGACACUGGCUCGCCUGGAGUACAAUUUUAGCGACUAGCUCACCUAGUCCACGUAGUAGUAGUCUCUGGCGUUGGCUUGGGUGAGCAAUAGAGAUGCAACAAGAAAGCAACCGUCGUUCACGUGCGAGUUUCCGUCGCACGAAGUGUCGCUGGUUUCGCCACCAAUCGAGUUACCCAAAAAACAGUGUCAUUGAGCAUUAGGCGAGUUUGGCACCGUGCUGACAGCCAAAGCCCAGAAAGAGAUCGUCCAGAAUCCCCGAUACUACCACA